GGAAAAGCCAGGAAAAACGAGAAAAAAAGUGAGGGAAAAAAACCCUUUAUUUUGAUUUUAAUCUGUUUAGAUCGAACAGGAGCAAAAGAGACGACGAUAUCUUCUCCAGUAAAGCUAUAUUGUUUCUGCUUAUUGUGAAACUGCAUCGCCAGCAUCUUGAAGGAAUACUGAAUCAAUUCUGUCUGUCUUACUAGUUUAGUGGUGGUUCUAUGUUAUUCAGCAUGUCAGAUUCGUCACACAGGUGUUUCAAUUAAAGCAAUUUGAACAUUUGUGUUGUUGUGAUGGAUAAGCCUAGACACCAACAGGUUUUUCAGCACUCUAUGGAACCUGGUUGUUAUGGAAACGAGGCUGCUCCUCAAUCAUUUAUGACUGAUCAAGCAGGGAGUACGAGUGCUAACUUACGACCUCCCAAUCCAAAUGCUUCAGAUGUUAAGCCAGUGCUUAACUACUCCAUACAAACAGGGGAGGAGUUUGCUCUUGAGUUUAUGCGUGAUCGCGUAAUUCCUCAGAGGUCUUCGAACCCCAAUGCAGCUGGCGACAUGAACUAUACCACAGGUUAUAUGGACCUUAGAGGUUUGAUAGGGAUAAGUCACGCAGGGUCCGACUGUGCUUCAGAUGUUUCCAGGAUGAGCAUUGUGGAAAAUGGCAUGAGGGAUUAUGACAAAACAAACUCUUCUCUUCACGAGUUUGGAAAUAAACUUAAUCAUGUCCAGUCAGCACCACAAGCUUCAAUUAGUAAAGAUACCAGUCUAGGAAAUUCACAUGCAUACGCAUCUUCUUCCGCCUCAGGUAGUGUCACAUCAAAGGUGAAGAUCCUUUGCAGCUUCGGUGGGAAAAUACUUCCACGCCCAGGUGAUUCAAAGCUUAGAUAUGUUGGAGGCGAGACACAUAUUAUUUCCGUUAGGAAGGACAUAUCUUGGCUGGCGCUUAGGCAAAAAAUCCUCGACAUCUAUUACCAAACUUAUGUAGUAAAGUAUCAGCUUCCUGGUGAAGAUCUUGAUGCGUUGGUGUCUGUAUCAUGUGAAGAAGAUCUCCAGAAUAUGUUUGAAGAGUAUAAUGAGAUGGCAAACCGUGGGGGCUCUCAAAAGCUUAGGAUGUUUCUCUUCUCUAUCACCGAUCUGGAUGAUGCUCUUUUGGGAGCUAACAAAAAUGAUGGUGACUCUGAGUUCCAAUAUGUUGUAGCUGUAAAUGGCAUGGACAUCGGAUCAGGAAGGAACUCAACCCUUCAUGGGCUGGAUAGCUCUUCAGCAAACAAUUUAGUUGAGCUCGGUGUACGGAACACCACCGACGGGAUCAAUAACAUUGCUGGAAACGUUGUUGGAGUUAGCGCACCGCAGUUGAUGGCAGAUGGCUUCCAACAAUCCUCUGGUCAACAGUCCGAGUCUAUUCCACCAAGCUCUUCGCUUCAGUAUUCUCAAUCUAUUCCACCCAAUGCUGCAUAUCAGUUGCAGCAAUCUGUUCCACCAAGUUCUGCUCUUCAUUAUUCCCAGUCCAUUCACCCGAAUUCCUCUCUUCAAUAUCCCCAAUCUAUUACGCCAGACUCCUCUUUUCAGUAUCCACAAUCCAUCACACCAGGGUCUGCCAGCUCCUAUGGAAUAUACCCGCAGUAUUACGGGCACGUGGUUCAACAUGGAGAACGAGAGCGGUUUCCUUUGUAUGGUCACAAUUCUAACUACUCCGGUAUCGCGGAAACUACCAGUUCCAUACCGCUCCAAGGGCAUGUCAAUCAGCAAGGUGGCUGGGCUGAAGGGUAUCCGUACCCUGGCACUACACCCCAAAGCACACAAGCCCUAGUAGAGGAGCAAAAAGUAUCACCUGAUUCGAAAGUUCAUGAGCAUGUUGAGCCUGAAAACCGUAAAACGUUGGCAAAGGAUCACCAGAAUCCUCCUCAAUUAGAUGAUGUUGAGGUGAGGAAUCAUAAUCAGGUUCGGGAGGUGUCAGCUGCAACAACUGCACCUAGCCAGGAGGCACAUUUACUGCCCCCUAGAAGAGACGCACGGCUGAACGAUCCUGCAAAGCCUACUACCUACCGUGAUGCUGUUAUUGCUGGGCAGGUUCCUCUAUCUGGUAAUGAAGAUCAGCUUUCAACUUCAAGUGGUACAUGUGGUCCCGUUCAUAAGGAUUCUGAGUCAAAUCUAAUUGAUCUUAACUACCCGGAGCCCGUUGAGCCUCCACAGAGGGUAUAUCGUUCAGAGAGAAUUCCUCGUGAACAGUUAGAUUUGCUAACUCGGUUGUCGAAAUCGGAUAACUCACUAGGCUCUCAGUUGCUAACGUCUCAGGCACAAACGAACACUGCACAGGAAGAUCCAGCAAAAGAAGCAGUCGGAAAGUCACAAGAAGAUUCCCAUACUGUUAAUGGUGAUGCGACCCACCAAAAACAUAAAGAUGUUGAGACAAUCUUUGAAAAAGUGGGGGGAUCAGAUAAUACGUUGGACUCCGAGCCCUUGCGUAAAAUAACAAAUCCUGAUGAUGCAAACAAGAACAGAGUAGUCAAUGGGGCAGAUACUGAGAUUGGUGUUUCCAACUCGAGCCAUGUAAAUGCAGCCAUGAGUCGUGUUAUCCCUGAAGAGCAAGCUUCUACUCGCGGUUCUGAUUCGCUCCAAGGAGAUAUUCUUAUCGAUAUCAAUGAUCGGUUUCCUCGUGACUUCCUUUCUGAAAUAUUCUCAAAGGCAAUCUCAGAGGAUACAUCUGCUGUCCAUCCGUAUCCUCAUGAUGGAGCUGCUGUUAGCAUGAAUGUGCAGAAUCAUGAUCCUAAAAAUUGGUCGUAUUUUCAGCAGCUGGCUGAAGAACAGUUUAGCCAAAGAGAUGUUGCGAGUAUUGACCAAGCUGAUUCUCACUUUCCAUCUGACCUUAAAGAUGGUGGAGAGAGCUCCAGAUUGCAUCACGUCACACCAAUGUGUAGAGAUAGUAUCUCAACAAACCUCGCGGAUCCUCAGUUGACUUUGGGUCGAGAUUAUGGGGAUCAUUUUUCUAAAAAGGACAGGGGUGGCACUAGCACUAUUCUCCCUACUGUGGAGGGUGAACAGAUGAAGGUCACAGAGAGCGAAGAAUUUGGUGCUAUGGUGGAGAACCUGAGGACGCCAGAUUCUGAACCAAAUGAUGAAAAGACAGAAACAAGGCAUGCUGCGGUUCCUCCACUUGGCUCAGAGUUUGACUACAGUGGCUUGCAGAUCAUUAAGAAUGAAGAUCUUGAAGAGUUGAAGGAGCUUGGUUCUGGUACUUUUGGAACGGUGUACCAUGGGAAAUGGCGAGGAUCAGAUGUCGCUAUCAAGAGGAUAAAGAAGAGUUGCUUUGCUGGGCGGUCAUCAGAGCAAGAGCGAUUGACUGGUGAAUUCUGGGGGGAGGCUGAAAUUCUUUCAAAACUUCAUCACCCAAAUGUGGUAGCAUUUUAUGGUGUUGUAAAAGACGGGCCUGGGGGGACAUUGGCGACUGUGACAGAGUACAUGGUUGAUGGUUCUCUGAGGCAUGUUCUGGUCCGGAAGGACAGGCAUCUUGACCGUCGUAGGAGACUAAUCAUUGCCAUGGAUGCUGCAUUUGGAAUGGAAUAUUUGCACUCCAAAAACACUGUUCACUUCGAUUUGAAAUGUGAUAAUUUACUUGUAAACUUGAAAGAUCCUUCUCGCCCAAUCUGCAAGGUUGGUGACUUUGGUUUGUCAAAAAUCAAGAGAAAUACAUUGGUAUCUGGUGGUGUACGUGGAACCUUACCGUGGAUGGCACCAGAGCUUCUAAAUGGGAGCAGCAGCAAAGUUUCAGAAAAGGUUGAUGUUUUCUCUUUUGGUAUUGUUCUAUGGGAGAUUCUGACCGGAGAGGAACCGUAUGCCAAUAUGCACUAUGGGGCCAUAAUAGGUGGGAUAGUGAACAACACACUGAGGCCAACCAUACCGGCCUUCUGUGACGAUGAAUGGAGAACACUAAUGGAAGAAUGUUGGGCGCCAAACCCAAUCGCAAGACCAUCUUUCACAGAAAUAGCUGGCCGCUUGCGAGUUAUGUCAUCUGCAGCGACUUCGACCCAAUCCAAGCCACCAGCUCACAGGGCUUCCAAAUGAAAAACCUUUCUUUUGAUUAUGUGCAGCGAAAAAACGAUUACAAAAAGCAAAAAAGAGAGCCCAAUUCUUUAUAUUUUUCGGUUUCCACUUUUAAUACUGUGUUUCUUGACCCUUUUCUCAUUUCCCUUUUUUUUUCUUUGACAAAAAACAAGAAAAAAAAUGAAAAUUAUAUUUCAGUUGGUCGCAAAUUGUUCUUCUCCCUGUUGAAUACACGGAUCAACC